AUGGAGCUGCUAGACGGCGGGCCCCAGGCCGAGCGCUCGCGCCGCCUGGAGGCGCAGGGGAGACCGCGACCCGCGCCUAAGCCCAAGCCUCUUCCCAGUGUGGUGCCCGUGCCCGCGCCUGCGCCGUCCGCGUGCGUCUCUGGCUGCUGCGUGGAGAGCGCGCGACUCGCGGACGAGCGGGACUUCCUCAGAGGUUACGCGGAGCGGCUGCUGGUGCAGUUGCGGGGUUUAUUGCAGCGCUAUGGGGAGCUGGAGAGGCUCAAGACGCUGGCGGACGCGGCGCAGAGUGAAGAGGAGCCGCACGAGCGCCUGGCGCCCUGGCUCACGGCCUCCGAGUACACGAACCCGCUGCUGCAGGCGUACGACCUCAAGAUCCAGGAGCUGGAGACGGCGAUGGUGGAUAACAAGAAGGCGAUCGAUCGAGUGGCGGCGCGGGCUGAGAGCCUGGCGAAGGAGAACACGACGUUGAGACAAGAGCUGGAGGUGGCGGGGGAGAAGUUGGUGCUGCGCAUGCAGAACGAGCCGAAGGAGAUGCACGUUAUGGCCGACGACUUGAUGAGCAUACAGGAGAACGGCGAGUACCUGCAGGAGAUCAACGAGCGGAUCGACGUGCUGAUGGCCGAGAAUAAUAUGCUGAUGGAGCAAGUUUCGCUGCAGGAUGAUGAAAUUGGCGCCAUGAAGAAGGAGCUGACGGACAGAGACCAGCAGCUGCAGGUCAUGGGGCAGAACUUCAACGACGCAACGCUUGCGCUGCAGGAGCUGCGUGACGCUUGCUCUCAAGUGAGGGAGGAGAAGGCACACUGUGAGCGGCAGUUGCAGCGGUAUGCGGCGUCAAUGGCGCAGCUGGAGAGCGCCAAGGAGUCUCUGGUGGAGCAGACGGAUGCAGUUCGAAAAGAACGAGGUGAUCUGGAGAACCAGCUCGGGGAGUACGAGGAGAUGCUGGAGAAAAUGAAGAGGAGCACCGAGCGCAAGGACGAGGCCUUUUCAGCACGUUAUCAGAGCGUCUGUGUGCGUCUGCGUGAGCUUACGAAUGCUCUGGAGAAGAAGGACAAGGCGGUGGACGAGCUACAGGAACGCAAUAGCGGACUUCAAGCUGAACUUGAGGCUGUUCGUCAAGAUUGCGAAGGCAUGUUAAAUGUUCUUAACAGCAUGGAGAAGCAAUUGACGCAGUAUUGCGCGAGGGAGGACGCAGUCGCUGAGUUGGAAUCCGAGUGCAAAGCGAAGGUCGAAGAGGCGAUCCUUGAGAAAGAAGAGGUCGCAGCUCGUGAGCUCCAAAGCCGGCGUGAGAUUGCACGGUUGCUGGAGCGACUUCGACAGCAAGCAGCGGAGCACGCCAAGGCUCAGGAAGAAAAUAUGGGUACCAUAGUGCGUAAGCACGAGGCUGACAUGAACAACCGGGAGCAGGAAAUCAGGUCGUUGAAUAGUGAACUCGUGGAUUUGCGGUCCAAAAUGGAGACAACAGCAAGAAACCAGAAGGAGGCUGACAAGAAGCUUGCGGAUGCAAUUCGUCGGUCUAAGGACGCAAGCAUUGCGUUUGAGAAAAAACUGCAGCAUUUGACUGAGCGAGCCACGACAGCAGAAGAGGCCCGUGAUAUGUCAAGCCACUUAGAAGCUGAGUACCUCGAAAGGAUUCGGUCAAAGGAGGAUGCGCUUAUAAAAUUACGAGCGGAGUUCCGAGAUCGGGGGCAAGAACUGAACGAACGAGUAAGUUCGCUAGAGCGUGAAUUAGAAAUGCGUCGUACAGAGGCCCGUGAGGCAAAGGAUGAGAGUGAAGAGCAGCAUCGCAAGGUUCAACUCCUGAAUGAGCAACUGAAUAAGGUCAAGGCGGACUGUGCGAAUCGCUUCACAAACGAAUUCGAGGUGCUGCACCAGCAAAACCGCGACUUGAAAGCCCAAGCUGCUGAGCUGGAAUACAAACUGUCCCAGGCAAAGAAGGAGGCAGCUUCGGCUUUGGACAGUUCGCGUAACGAGCGAGAACGGAGUGAAGUCCGUCUGAUCGCGGAAGUCGAGAGCCUGAAAGGAAGGAUACAAUCGCUCAAGGAGGAGCGGAAACGAGCUGAUAAAAGCCGACAGGAGACAGACGCGAGGUGCUCGGUGCUGUUGUUACAAGUUCAGCAACUAAGCCGAGACCUGAGCGAUGCCAAGGAGCUGCUGCUCGAACAGGAGCAUGCCUGCGAUGAUAGCGACCGAAAAGUGUCGGAGCUGAGUGCACAACUCACGGCAGCGCUGUCGAAGCAGCAACAGUUCUAUAGACAAGAACGCGAGCUACGCACCGCACUAGAGAGGAUGACGCUCGAGCGAUCGCGGAUGGAGCGGGAGGCUACGAUGGCACGCAAGAAGGUUGAGGAGUACCGAAGCAGCAGCUACGCUUACCUCCCAUCUUCCCGCUCGAGGAUGCACGCGGACCUAAAGGAUACUUCCUGUGGUGUCCCGCGUGAAGUUAUGGAGGAUAAGUUUGACCCAGCCGAGAAAAGUAGUGUUCGAUACCAAAUGCCAGCUAGCUCAGAUUGA